UUCCAUUUUUUUUUUCAUCUCUCUCUUUGAUGAUGGAAAAUACUAACAAAACUAGAAGAUCACUCAGAGUUUCCACUCCUUUCUCCUUUUCAUCAUCAUCUUACUCUCCUUCUUUGACGCCUUCUCCUUCUCUUCCAACUGUUGCUCAAGGUCCUUGCGCCGCCUGCAAAGUCCUCCGUCGUCGAUGCACAGACACAUGCUUUUUAGCUCCAUAUUUUCCACCAAGUGAGCAGCUCAAAUUCGUCAUUGCCCAUAAAGUCUUUGGAGCUAGCAACAUUGUCAAGGCGUUGCAGGUAAAUCCAACUAAGGAACUUCCUGAGUCCAAAAGAGCAGAUGCUGUGAGCAGCAUGGUAUAUGAAGCAAAUGUGAGAAUUCAUGAUCCAGUUUAUGGUUGUGCUGGUGCAAUCAGUAAGCUUCAGAAACAACUUAAUGAUCUCCAAGCAGAAUUGGCCGUGACCCAAGCUGAGCUACUUAUCAUGCAAUGCCAGCAGCAGCAACAAAAUGACAUUGCAAGCUUCUUCGACAGAGAUUUAGGUUCGGAUUGGCAACCUCAUUGUGCAUGAAGAGUUGAUCUUAUUAAGAAAAAAAAAUUGCAAUUAAUUUGUAUAUCUAAGUGGGUGUGAGACUAAUUAAUAAAGACAACAGAAAUGGAAAAUUCUCAAUAAAGAUAAGAUUAGUUGCUUUCUAGGUUGUCUGUCAUAUCAAUGAUUGAGAUCUUGGUGGAGAAGAUUGAUAAGCAAAAGGAGUAGAGAUCAGUGUAUCU